AUGGUCUGCACAGAACCAGCAUCGGGCUCGCUGCGAGAUCCAGUGCUGUAUUGGUACUUCCGGCGUUGUCAGCAGAGCGAAGGAGAUAACCAUGGGUCGCUUCCGGAGAAUCUCAAACCGUUGAGCAGCUGUCGAACCUCGAAACCAGCGGCUUGGAAGCCGUCGUCAAAAAAGGAGCUGCCAUUGACGGGUCCUGGGAAGUCGUUUAGUGGGAAGAAAAUGCAGGAAAACAUUCUGAAGGACAACCCGCCUCAGAGAGAACGGUUUAGGGGAGCUGCUCCAGGGAGGGACUUGAACGUGGAGAAAGAGCGUCUUGCCCUGAUUAUGCAGUUCAAAGGCAAGACGCCCGAGGAGAUUGCAGAGGGCAUGAAAGCAGAGCAGUUUAGUUCAGCAGCCACCAAGAAAAAGGUACGCGAAACUGUUCGAGAGGAAAAGCUUGAGACUCGGGAACAGGUUGUGGACAGACUCUUAGCCGAAGUGGAGGAGCGGCAAGAUUUUCUGCGUGAGAUGCGGGACUUGGGUCGUGGCAAAGAGUAUGAAGCAAAAAUGCUCGGGGAGAUCCAGAUUAAGAUGCAGCAGAUUGAUGAUAUCCAGAGGACACGAUCAGGAAGCUAG